AUUCAUUUGUUUUAUGCCGGUUAAAUCAUCGAUACAGUCAUGUAAAAACUGAAACAUUGAAAAACAUUAGUCUUUUAUUGCUAACAAUAAAACUGUUUUUAUUACUUGUUGUAAAAUCGGCGAAUUACUCAUUUUCAACAAAGAAUCAACAAACUCUGCCAUCUUUACACUUUCCUGACUAGGAAACUGCAAUACCGACCUGUAAUUUUUUGACAGGUUUGUCGUAGUAUGGCGUCACUUUUUGUUGGAUUGUAAAUUUACAUAAAAAUUGGUUAAUUAUGGCUGAGUACUUGGCUUCAAUUUUUGGAACUGAAAAAGAUAAAGUCAAUUGCUCCUUUUACUUCAAAAUCGGAGCUUGCCGGCAUGGCGAUCGUUGUUCCAGAAUACACAACAAACCAACGUUUUCUCAAACAUGUCUUUUGCAGAACUUGUAUGUAAAUCCUCAAAACUCCGCAAAAUCUGCUGACGGAAGUCACUUGGUUGCAAACGUCUCCGAUGAAGAGAUGCAAGAACAUUACGAUAAUUUCUUUGAAGAUGUUUUUGUGGAAUGUGAGGACAAGUAUGGGGAGAUUGAAGAAAUGAACGUGUGCGAUAAUUUGGGAGACCACCUUGUGGGAAAUGUCUACAUUAAAUUUAGACGCGAGGAAGACGCUGAGAGGGCUGUUAACGAUUUGAAUAAUCGUUGGUUUGGCGGGCGACCUGUAUAUGCUGAAUUGAGUCCUGUAACUGACUUCAGAGAAGCUUGCUGUCGUCAAUAUGAAAUGGGAGAGUGUACACGUUCAGGUUUUUGCAAUUUUAUGCACCUAAAACCGAUUUCUCGUGAGUUGCGAAGAUACUUGUAUUCUCGGCGAAAAUCUGGCCGCAGGCGUUCUAGAUCCAAAUCACCAAGAAGACGUUCUCGGUCGAGGGAAAGAAGGUCUCGUUCACCACGUCAUCGCUCGGGGCGAAGCGGCAGAUAUUAAGUUCAUAAUUAUUUUUACAUAAGAAUUUUGAGUUUGAAUUUUGUGUAGCAUCUAGUUGUAAGUGAUUUCGUUCCAAACAAUAAAGGAUUUAAAUUAA